UCUUUUUUCUUUUAAAGGUUAACAUUGUACAUCGAUCGGAGAUGCCCUUCUCAACCGGAUUCAGGACCCGGAAAGCGAAGCGAAACAGUUUUCUUCUCUAACUCCGUCGAUCCGUUUACUCCCGACCCACAUCCCUCACGUUAUCUGCUCCUCACGACGACUCUCCCCUGCUCGUGGUUGCCUCCCCUGUGAAACCAUCGGCCUGAGACCUUCAAUAGCCACAGCUACACCGUCGCACCCAACCCCAGUUACAAGGAUGGCGGGAAUAGCUUUGCUUAUGGAUCUAGUGAGGAAAAAUCCAAACGUGAAUGGUCAAACCCUACAUUCCACCGGUUUAUACUCAGCCACGCUUGCUGCCUCCUCCGCCGCCGCUUAUGCCGCCGCCACCACCCCCUUUGCAUCUAGGGCUAUAUUCGGGUUUGGUGGAAGAAGAGUUGCUUAUUGUGAUGCUGGUGCUACUUCUCCUCUUCUGACUGAAGAUUACCUUACCAGUUUAAGAACAGCAUCUGAAACCAUCUUUCGACACGAUACUUUAAACUACAGAACCAAAGAGUAUUACAUCGAGCUAAAACCAUUGUGGUCCGCUUUUCAGGCGAGAUCACUCGCGUUAACAUCAUUGAGGUCUUUCUUACUUUUUUAUUUGCCACUUUUGGCGCCUAAUGUUGAAGAUGAUGAUGAUUUCUUACCGGGUUCUUCGGACGAGCAUCAUGUGGACUUGGUUGUACCCUUCAAGAAAUCAGUAAAGCAGAUCCUUCGUGAAACUAGUGUUGUUACUACUAGACGGGUUCUGGAACGACUCGCUGUUCAUCGUUUCUCACAGCGAGCAGCAUGGAAGCUUCUUAAAGAUGUUCCCAAGUCUGCUGUUCGCAAAGCUAACAGGGGGAUGCCAUUUUAUACUUACUUUUUUUGUGUAAGUAGAACCACAUUUAGAGGUCAUUUCCUAGGAGUUGCAGCAUCAUGGGUUGUUCAAGUUGGAAUAGAAAGUUACCGGUUUGUGCGUGACAUUUCAAAAUCUGAUGAUGAUGGUGUUGAGCGGGAAGAACAAGUGAAAGGUCUUGGGAAGAAGGUGUAUGGUGUGACAGUUCGAUGUGGUGCGUCGCUACUUUUUGCAUCCAUAGGAGCUGGGAUCGGUGCCACCCUUUUCCGCCCAUCAACCGGCCAAUCAGUUGGGUGUUUGAUUGGGGACUUGGCAGGGCCUAUCAUUGUAUCGUUUUGUUUAGGCAACGGUUCUCCGUUGGAAGUUUAGACGCUAUUUGUUUUUUGUCAACAGCUGAUUGAAGCUUUACUUUUGAGAGAGGUUGAACUUGGAUGAAUGAAUCUUAAAACAAAGGUUUUAUUUGUAAAACAAUAUUGGGAGAUGUAUCGGUAUCUUUGUGAGCAUUGCUAUUUGCUAUUAGCAACCAA